GUCCGGACCAUCUCUCGGCAUCUAUGGAGUUCUCGCAGGCGGCCACCCAGUUUAGGGCGGCCAACAUGCUGCAAGAAUCUGCCGAUGCCUGGGCCAAGUCAGGUGAGAUGAAGGAGCAGCUGCAUGAUCUUUUCGGCGCCGGCAGAGCGUACGAAAGUGCCGGUGGCAUUUGUGAUGGAAGUGGGCCCGAUGGGGCAGCAGCGGCCAUGAGGCACUGGCAGAAGGCCGUGCAAUGCUUCCGAAUCGCGGGCAAAGCGGAUGUGGCUGCAAAGCUGCUGCUCAAAAUGGCCGGGAUCAAGGAGAAGCAAGGGGACAUCGAAUCUGCGAAGAGCGCCUUCCAGGAUGCCCUCGGCUUGUACGAGGACGAGGAGAAGGACUACGAGCUGGGAGAUGUGUACAAGACGUACAUCGGCUUCCUUAUUCGCUCCGGUGCACUCGAGGAUGCCCUGGUGGCCAUGGAUGGCCACAUUGGGGUACUCAGCAGACAGAAGAGCCUCCCUUUUGCGCACAAGGAGCUGUUGUCGAAGAUCGUCUUAUUGGGGCAGCUGGAGGACACUGUGAGAGCAGAAGAAAUCCUGAAUGCGACUCAAGUGGACGGCUGGUUCACCUCACGGGAAUGCCAGGUUGGCUGCGACCUUGUCGAAGCGCUGAAGAAUCACGAUGCUGAAGCGCUCGCGGGGCUGCAGAAAGAUCAGAUUUUUACGUUUCUGCAGGUCGAGGUGGGGGUAUUGCAUGACAUCCCAUCCAUUCCAUGCGCCUGCCUGAAGUUGACUGUACCCAUCAAAGACGUGUUUGGCAUAGGACAAAAGUGGUUUUCUUUGCAGCAGUGGUAA